AUGGAGCCUCUGCCGCUGCUGCGCAGCACUGACCUGCUGCAGCAAGAGGAAGACGCAGCGACAGCAGCAGCAGCAGCAGCAGCAAAGCACCCUGCUGCUGCUGCUGCAGCAGCAGCAGCAGACUCUAGUUGCCGGGAGCUGGAGUUUGAUGUUUCUGCUGCUCCAGGGCUGCGGUGCCACACAGCCGACACACUCUAUGUGCUGCCGCGCAACAGCAACGAGGAGGUUUUGUGGUGGUUUGACUUCCUUGGGUUUAAAAAGCGAGGAAUAGACCUUAAAGACGAAAUUCACUUUUUGGAGGAGACUGUCCCUUUCCCAACCCCCUGCACUGUCGAGUGCAGGAUGCCCUUGCUCUUUACUGCAGCUUCGAGCUUCCUAGCCGGGCGGAGCUUUCUGUCUUUGGCUGCUUCGCUGAGGAGCAGCAGCAGCGGAGGCAGUGGCUGCGGCUCACCACCGACCCCACGCAAGGAGACACUUUUGCUGCUGCAGGGACAGGGCUGGUGUCUUCGAGGGCUGCUGGCUGUGCUGCUGCCGUCCCUUAAUUUAGCAGCAGCAAACUUGGGGCUGCUGCUGCUGCUGCUGUCGCGGGGCCGCAUGCCCCGCGCAUACACUCUGGCCUCUUCCCACCUGCAGCAGCCGCAGCAGCAGCAGCAGCAGCAGCAGCAGCAGCAGCAGCAGCAGCAGCAGGUUACGCGCACCGCGUGCAUCUGCCUCAACCGGCACAGCUCGCCGAGAAGGGAUCCGCAGCAGUUGCUGCUGCUGCUGCAGCAGCACGGAAUCCGGCCCUUUGCUGCUGCUGCAGCUAUUCCCUCAGGAACUCAUCAUGGGGUCUGUUCUUCUUACUUAUUAAACUUGAGGGCCCCCCAGGGGGGCCCCCCUCCCGAGGGGCCCCCCAACCCUCAGGGGGGCCCCCUGGGGGCCCCUGUGUCUGUUCUGUGCUGCUGCAAACCCUCUUGCUUCAAGCUGCCUGCUGAUGAAGACACGCCGCUGCUGCUUGUUGCUGCUGGCACAGGCGUUGCCCCCUUUGCUGCUUUUGUAAGACACCUGGCAGCAGUGGGGGCCCCCCGAGCUGCAGCACAUCUUUUUUUCGGGUGUACAGACACCCGGCACUUUCUUUACAAAGAUCUUUUUCUUUCCCACCUCGACUGGCAGCAGCAGCAGCAGCCAGAGGUGCAGCAACUUCUGGAACAGUACCUGCAGAAGCAGAAGCAGCAGCAGCAGCAGCAGCAGCAGCAGCAGCAGCAGCAGCAGCAGCAGCAGCAGCAGCACGUGCUGAGCCGCGUCUUUCUAGCUCUUUCCCGGGUCAACCCAGAGCGCAAGGUGUACGUACAGCACAAAAUUGCCGAAGAGGGGGAACUUGUGUGGGGUCUGCUGCAGUCGGGUGCUGCAGUGUAUGUCUGCGGGAAGCCGGCAAUGGGGGAGGCGGUGCAGGCUGCUCUUGUCUCUGUUGCUGCUGCUCAUAUAGGACAGAAGAAGGCGGAGGCCUUCAUUCAGCGCAUGCACGACACUGGGAAGUACAUAAAGGAGCUAUGGGACUAA